AUGUUACCCAAGAUCAACAAAAAAGGAAGAGUUCCCGCGCUCAUGGGCGCCAUGGUACUCAUUUUCGUCAUUAUACAAUUGAAAAGCUUUUCCGUCACAAGAAGUUUGACCAUAAAGUUCAAGACAAUAGUACCGACGACUUCGCACACCGAGAACAUAAAUUUGAAAAAAUUCAAACCUCCCGACGUCCCUGUCAGGAGCGUCGAAGAUCUACGGUCUCAGUUGGCCAAACAGUUCCCGUAUAAUCCUUUGGAACCGAUUCCACGAAGAGUUUGGCAAACUUGGAAAUGUCCAUUGGACUCGCCCGAGUUCCCUGCUAAGGCUAGAAAAUACGCGCAAGAAUGGAUCCAAUCGAUCAAGCAUUCUAUGGGCUACGACUAUGCCCUGGUUCCAGACGAUCGAAUCAUGCCUCUGCUCCAAAACAUUUACGGCGGUGUUCCACAAGUGAUACAGGCAUUUGAAGCGUUGCCUUUACCCAUUCUCAAAGCAGAUUUUUUCAGGUAUCUCAUCUUGUAUGCGCGUGGUGGUAUUUACUCCGAUUUAGAUACGGUCCCUCUCAAAACGCUGACGGAUUGGCCGUCUGUUAACGGCGCCUCGUGGCUGGUCGCCGAAACGCCAAUCAAGUACAAAAAUUUCAAAGCCACGGACUCCCAAGUAGCACAAGAACCUGGGUUUGUCAUUGGCAUUGAGGCGGACCCGGAUAGGCCCGAUUGGAACGAACAUUACGCAAGACGUAUACAGUUCUGUCAAUGGACGAUCCAGUCAAAGCCCGGACACCCCUUACUUCGAGAACUUAUUCUGAACAUUACAGCUACAACGCUAGGAAGCACGGUCGCGAGAGGCAAGUAUCCUGCACCAAAAUUCGAGUUCCCUAAGGAAAUACCACUUCAGGACUACAGCAUCAAUUGUCGUGACAAAAAGUUGAACGACGCCCAAUUUUCGUGCAAUGAAAAGAAAACGCCCAAGAACACCGACCAUGCCGACAUCAUGAACUGGACUGGGCCGGGUGCAUUCUCGGACGCAGUCAUGGCCUAUCUAAACAAUUUGAUUCACACCAAUGAUGACAUUUUAAUUAUUAACAACAACAUGAAGGGCGACAGCAGCGACGACAGCAGUACGACAAAGAAAUUUUACCGCAAGAUUACAGAGGGUUUACAGGCAGGGAACUUUUUUCAAUGGGAAUUUUUUACUUUGAUUAAAGAACCUGUUGUUGUGGACGACGUUAUGGUUCUACCGAUCACGAGCUUCUCACCGGACGUGGGUCAUAUGGGGUCAGGCAGCAGCACCGACGAAAUCGCACUCGUGAAACAUAUGUUCGAGGGCUCUUGGAAAGGAGAGUAA